CUCUUCGCGUUUGACUUCUGAAGGGUAUAUUUUUUAUUGCUGCAUAUAUGUACAUUUUUCACUUGUGGCUCGAAAUUAAUUGAUUAGUGUUGACUUGCAGCGCAGAAAAAUGCGUAAUGCGCCGAAAUCACUCGGUCUGAUGGUUACAACUCCGGGUGGAAGCGCCGUGCCUGCGGAAGGGGGUGUCGCUACGAGUGGACGCCAGAACAGUUUGGAGGACAUAAAUCUGGAUCAGUUCCUGAAGACGUCCAACUAUGAGGAUACCGUCAAACAAUUGGACAUUUAUUAUGGCAUUGUUAAACGGCAACUGCUACGCUAUCAGAGUCCCAUUACGGGCCUCUUCCCCGUGAUGAGCACCGAUCAAGAAGUUGGCUCGGUCCGUGACAGUGUCUAUUGCGCCGCCGCCGUUUGGAGUCUUUAUCAAGCCUACAGACGCAUUGACGAUGAUCGCGGCAAGUCCUAUGAACUGGGCCAAAGCACAGUCAAGUGUAUGCGCGGAAUUUUAGAGUGUUGGGUUAAACAAGCCUCACGUGUGGAGCUCUUCAAGCAGCGCCAAUCGAAUCAGCAUGCUUUACACUCCAAGUUCCAGCUGCACACUGGCGAGGAAAUCUAUUCUGACGAGCUGUACAAUCACUUACAAAUAGACGUCGUCUCGCUUUAUAUACUGUUCCUGGUCCAGAUGAUUACCUCCGGCCUGCAGAUCGUUUAUACCCACGAUGAGGUAGCAUUUGUGCAGAAUUUGGUUUACUAUGUGGAGCGUGCCUAUCGUACGCCAGACUUUGGCAUGUGGGAGCGCGGCUCGAAAUACAACAACGGCACACCCGAGAUACACGCCUCCUCCAUUGGCAUGGCCAAAUCUGCAUUGGAGGCCAUCAAUGGCUGCAAUUUGUUCGGCGAGAAGGGCGCCUCCUGGAGCGUGGUUUAUGUGGACAUCGAUGCGCAUAAUCGCAAUCGCAGCAUCUUCGAAACUAUGCUGCCACGCGAAUCCAGCUCGAAGGGGGUCGAUGCUUCUUUGCUGCUAACACUCUCGUUUCCGGCAUUUGCCUCGCACGAGGAUCGGCUAGUAGAGCAGACCAAGCUCAAUGUUGUCAAUCGUUUGCGAAGCAAGAAAGGCUUUAAACGCUUCACACGGGACGGUUUUCUUAGCAAAACAGAGGACAAGACACGUCGCUAUUAUCACUCAGGCGAGCUUAAGGAGUUCGAGGGUCUCGAGUGCGAAUGGCCGCUGUUUUUUAUCGCCAUGAUUAUUGAUGGUGUAUUCAAGAACAACAACGAACAGAUUGAGGAGUUCCAAAACGAUUUACGUCGCUGCCUCCACACUGACAUCAACGGAGAUCCCGUCGUCACGAUGUAUUAUGCACCCGAUGGCGAGGGCUCCUAUAUGCGUGCCCCCUCACAGUCUUUGUUCCUAUGGGGCCAGUCGUUCUUCAUUAUUGCACAGCUACUGACGGCUGGUCUUCUACACAUCAAUGAGCUGGACCCGAUACGUCGCUAUUUGCCGAGUUAUAAUCGGCCCAGACGUGCUGGUCGCUAUUCAGCGUUUCAGAAACCACGCAUACCGCUAAUACUGGACGCCAAGAAGGGCACAGCAACUGAUUUGGUUGUGCAGAUCGUUUUGAUUGCAGAAUCGAUGCGACUGCAGGCCAUGAUGGCCACCUAUGGCAUUCAAACCCAAACCCCACACGAGGUGGAACCGGUGCAAAUUUGGAGCUCUACGGAACUCAUCAAGGUCUAUCAGCAUCUGGGUGUGAACAAUAAGGUCGGCCUAUCCGGUCGUCCUUCGCGUCCCGUCGGCUCCUUGGGCACCAGCAAGGUCUAUCGCAUUUGUGGCAUGACCGUCCUUUGCUAUCCACUGAUUUUCGAAGUCUCUGACUUUUAUUUGUACCGCGACAUGGCGCUACUGAUUGACGACAUCAAGACGGAGCUGCAGUUUGUGGGCAAGUAUUGGCGUCUGUCGGGUCGACCCACCGUCUGUUUGCUUAUACGCGAGGAGCAUAUGCGCGAUCCGCAAUUCAAAGAGAUGCUGGAUCUGCUGGCCAUGCUGAAGAAGGGCUACUGCGACGGCAUGAAGGUGCGCAUCGGACGACUGCAGAACUUAAUUAGCAGCUCGUGCAUCGAGCAUUUGGAUUUCAUGAAUCAGAGCGAUCUGACGGAUAACGAAAACGCCUUUUCCCAAAUCAAUCAUGAAUACAUUGGCUAUCAAUCGCUGACAGAUGUGCCCAAGGCGCUCACCUAUGUGGAGGAGAAGGUCUCCGUGGCGCACUACAACCAGAAGCCCACACCGGACAUCAUCGAAGCGCUGCGCAGCACUGAGUCCAUCUAUUGCCUUUGCCAGCUUUGGGGUAUUCUGUUGAAUCGCGAAGGUCCCAAUUUCGAGAUAAAUGGGUUGAAUGUCAGCACGGCGCUGACGCAGCUCUACCAUCGCGCUGGUUCAUUGCGCUAUUGGCGUGCCGUGCGGUAUUGUUCGUCGCUGCUGCACCACAUCGUCGACUCGAUUAGUCCCUUCAUCACCACCGUGCUGGUGAAUGGCAAAGAACUUACCGUGGGCAUCAUUGGGCAGAAGGAGACUGUCUUCGAUAAGCCGAUGACGCCGGCAGAAAUUCAGAAUGUCAUGUACACGAGCGUGCAGCCCUACGAUGUCAUUCAGGCAGUGCUGCAACAGGAAGUGGUGCUGUAUUGUGGCCGAUUGAUAGCCACCAAUCCGUCCAUGUUCCGCGGCAUUCUAAAGAUACGCAUAGGUUGGGUGCUGGAGGCAAUGCGCAUCUAUUUACAAAUCUCUGGUCAGCAAAGCAUCGAUGUUGACAAUCUCUCGCCCUUUCAAGUGCGUAUUCUCCUUCAGAAGGUGCUCACCGUCAGCGAGUGGGCCCUGGAAGAAAAACUCACAACUCUGCAGCGGCGCCGACUUGAGGGCUGCCUCUGUCGUGUGCCCAGACACUUCUACAAUAAAAUCUGGGAAAUUCUGCAACGCACACCGCAGGGAAUUCUGACACAAGGCCAUCAUCUGCCCGCAACGCCCACACUGACGAGCAUGAGUCGCGGAGAACUGUCCUUCAAUUUGUUGGUCGAGGAGACGCUCAUCUGUAUUGAUAAGCCGGAACGUCGGCAAAUUACAGUCGAGCUGCUCUGCAUAGUGGCGACCAUUUUAAAUCGCAAUCCGGAACUGCACUUUAAGCAGGCUUUGGACCUGGACGGCAUACUCGCCGAGGCUUUCUCGAUGUACUGCAAGGACAACAACAUACAGCUUCAGGCGCAACCGGCGACUCACGAGGACAUGACAACAUUCUAUUCGUUGCCCUACUCUGAGACCACCGGCUACUUGGCCCGGGCCGCUGUCAACAAGGUGCUGCAAGGCGGCAUUUUCUCCACAACCGACGAGGACGUCCAGUUCGACGGCGACCAUUUGCACGACGACACCUGUAAAGUGUCUUAAAGAACACUAAUGAGUAUUACGCUUAACUUGUGUACAUACAUAGCUGCAAUAACCAAAUAGCGAUCUAGCUGAAAUUAUGUUUGUUAGCCCACCUUUACUUGCUGCCAGAAUCUUAAAGUAUAGCUCGAAUUUGCGGCUGAGAGAGAGUCUGUUUUCAUUUGCUUCCCCAAUUAUUGUACUUUAAUUAUUUAAUUUUAUCAUUUCGCUCUCUGUCGAGUUUGUAAUUUAUAAUUAACUGUUAUAUAUAUGUUUUGUUGACAAAAUGAAGAAACAAAAACAAUUAUUACAAA